AUGAAAGCAGACACCUUCUGGCUGGGAGACACAAAGCCUGUCGGGGUCUCUGAGGGCUCCGCUGUAAUUGCUCCUCAGACUGUCGACCACAAGGGGGCAGUGUUCAGCACUACACGAUUAACACCUGUUAAACUCACCACAGCUGAAAAGCAGAGGACCCAUUUACCUCUGUGCCUUCGCCCCGCCCACCUGCGCGCUCACCUGCGCAUAUUUUAUGCUAAUGAGCAGGUGCAGCGGUUCUUGAGGCGCGCGGCGGGCCGCUCGGGGAUGAGCCGGAUGGAGCAGCGCAGGGAGCAGCGGGAGUCCAGCCGGAGGGUUUUCACCAGCAGCGGGAGCAGCGGGAUAAAGCAGCAGAAAUGGGACACCGCUUCCCAGGGAGGGCAGGACCUUCAGACAACAGCUGCUGUAUUAGAAACCAACACGUCAUCCUCCAGUCGAUCACCGGUCAGCCGGACCGCCACGUCCAACCUGACGUCCAACCUGACGCCUUCCAGCUCAGAGAGGACACUGACCUCUGACCAAUCGUCUGCAACCACAGUGCCAUCUAGUAAAAUAUCAACUUCAUCCAUCCAAUCAACAACUAGCCGAUCAUCAACCACUAAAUCACCAUCCAGCCAAUCUUCAACCACCAAAUCACCAUCCAGCCAAUCAACAACCACUAAAUCACCAUCCAUCCAAUCAACAACUAGCCAAUCAUCAACCACUAAACCACCAUCCAGCCAAUCUUCAACCACCAAAUCACCAUCCAGCCAAUCUUCAACCACCAAAUCACCAUCCAGCCAAUCUUCAACCACUAAACCACCAUCCAGCCAAUCUUCAACCACCAAAUCACCAUCCAGCCAAUCUUCAACCACCAAAUCACCAUCCAGCCAAUCAACAACCACUAAAUCACCAUCCAUCCAAUCAACAACUAGCCAAUCAUCAACCACUAAACCACCAUCCAGCCAAUCUUCAACCACCAAAUCACCAUCCAGCCAAUCUUCAACUACUACAGCACCACCCAGCCAAUCAACAACUACCAAAUCAUCAUCCAGCCAAUCUUCAACCACCAAAUCACCAUCCAGCCAAUCUUCAACCACUAAAUCACCAUCCAGCCAAUCAACAACUACCAAAUCAUCAUCCAGACAAUCAUCAACAACUAAAGCACCAGCCAGCCAAUCUUCAACUACCAAAUCGCCAUCCAGCCAAUCUUCGACCACCAAAUCACCAUCCAGCCAAUCUUCAACCACCAAAUCACCAUCCAGUCAAUCUUCAAGCACUAAAUCACCAUCCAGCCAAUCUUCAACCACCAAAUCACCAUCCAGCCAAUCAACAACCACCAAAUCACCAUCCAGCCAAUCAUCAACCACUACAGCACCAACCAGCCCAUCACCAACAACCAAAUCACCAUCCAGCCAAUCUUCAACCACUACAGCACCAACCAGCCCAUCAUCAACCACCAAAUCACCAUCCAGCCAAUCUUCAACCACUACAGCACCAACCAGCCCAUCAUCAACCACCAAAUCACCAUCCAGCAAAUCUUCAACCACUACAGCACCAACCAGCCCAUCACCAACAACCAAAUCCCCAUCCAGCCAAUCUUCAACCACUACAGCACCAACCAGCCCAUCAUCAACCACCAAAUCACCAUCCAGCAAAUCUUCAACCAGUAAAUCACCAUCCAGUCAAUCAACAACCACCAAAUCACCAACCAGCCAAUCUUCAACCACCAAAUCACCACCCAGCCAAUCUUCAACCACCAAAUCACCAUCCAGCCAAUCAUCAACCACUACAGCACCAACCAGCCCAUCACCAACAACCAAAUCACCAUCCAGCCAAUCAUCAACCACUACAGCACCAACCAGCCCAUCAUCAACCACCAAAUCGCCAGUCCGACAGUCAUCAACCAAGACAGUGCUACGCAGUCAAUCGUCAACCAGCAAAAAAACAAGCACAGCACCAUCUAGCCAAUUAAGAACAAGCGCAGCACCAGGCAACCAGUCAUCAGUUAGCUCACUAGCAUCUAAUCGAUCACCAGCCAACAAAGCACCAAACAAGACCAAAUCUAGCCAAUCACUAUCCAGUCAAACACCACUGAGCCAAUCAUCAAAAAGCUCAAACAAAUCCUCACUCACCUCAACAUCCUCUAACCAAUCACACACCACUAAUCAAUCCAAAAGCAGCUCAAAAACACCACACCACCACUCGUUCUCUAGCUUUACGUCUCCUAACCAACCACUGUCAGGUUCAACACCACCUGACCAAUCCUGGACCAACUCAGUGAUACUAUCAAACCAGUCGUCAUCCGGUUCAGCGUCAGCAGCUAAAGCAGCCUUUUCACCAGACGAGCGUCCAGUUAAUAUUUCACAGCUCACCAGACAGACGAAAGAAGCUCUGAGGUCGUCGAUUCGUAGGACUCAAGCGGAGGCUUGUGCGUUUCCCUGUCUGAACGGAGGACAGUGUGUUCAGUCGGAGUCAUGUGACUGCAGCUUGUAUCAGGCCACCGGACACAGAUGUCAGACAGUUCCAAAUCCCGGCUUUGAGAGGGAGAUGACGUGCAGGACGUGGGGUCAGUACAACUUUGAGACCUUCGACGGCCUCUACUACUACUUCCCCGGCCGAUGCACUUACACCCUGCUGAAGGACUGUGAGGAAACCACUCAGGCCAGCAUCGUCGUCCAGGUCCACAAUGACCCGGGUUGCAACUCUGCUCCCUACACCUGCCAACGGUCCGUCAGCCUCUUCCUCCCGUGGGAGGGUGAGGUCCGGCUUCACGCCAACAAUGUUACCUUCAAAGGUCAAAGUCUGCAGCUGCCUCAUCACAUCCACGACCUGCAGCUGGAGCAGAUCUCACAGUACGUGCUGGUGACGCAGCAGCAUGGCUUCACGCUGGCCUGGGAGGGACAAAGUGGCUCCGUCUACAUCAAACUCAGCCCAGAGUUUGUUGGCAGGACCUGCGGCCUGUGUGGGAACUUCAACGCAGACGUUCAGGACGACCUGAAGACCAGCUACGGUAUUCUGACUCAUGAUAUAGAAAUGUUUGGGAACAGCUGGGUGGAGUCGGAGCCACAUCAGACCUCAUGUCCUACAGUGUCGCCUGACUUCUCUUCACCUUGCGCUGCAGUCGAUUUUCAUGUCAUGGUGAAGGUGGAGGAGGUGUGUGCCAUGCUGCUGGAUCCGCCUUUUCAGAGCUGCCACGAGUUUGUCAGCCCGCUGUCCUACAUGGCCAGCUGCUCCAACGACCUCUGCAUGUCGGGUCCCAACGGUGAUGUGGUAUGCCAGGUGUUCAGCGAGUACGCCCGGGCCUGCGCCCACGCUGACCACCCACUGCACGACUGGAGGCGGCACAUUCCUCAGUGUGUGAAGCAGUGUCCUUUGGGUCUGGAUUACAUGGAAUGCAUCAGCUGCUGCCCGGCUUCCUGCAACCUGGAGCGGACGUGCAUCGACAGCAAGCUGGCCUGCCUGGAUGGAUGCUACUGUCCUGAUGGUCUGAUCUAUGAGGACGGAACUUGUGUGACGCCCUCCGACUGUCCCUGUGAGUAUCUUGGCAUGUUUUACCCGUCUGGACAAACGCUACAGGAGGAAUGCAACAACUGCACAUGUGUGGGUGGAGUGUGGAACUGCACCGACUACAGCUGCCCAGGUGAAUGCUCGGUUACUGGCGAUAUGUAUUUUCAAUCCUUUGACGGGCGGAUCUACACCUUCCCAGCGACGUGUCAGUAUGUCCUCGCCAAGAGUCACAACUCGGGGAGGUUUACAGUCACCAUCCAGAACGCCCCCUGUGGAGCUAAUUUGGACGGGGCCUGCAUCCAAUCAGUUAACCUGGUUAUUGACGAGGAUCCAAGAACAGAGAUUACACUGAGCCAUGUUGGAGAGGUCUUCAUGGCCGGACAGUACCGCAUCUCCCUGCCCUAUUCGGACGAUAUCUUCCACAUCCAGGAGCUCUCCUCCAUGUUCCUCCAGGUGAAGACGACGUUCGGCCUGCGUCUGCAGUACAGCUGGAAGGAUUUUCGUCUCUACCUGCAGGCCGACGAGCUGUGGAAGGACGACACAAUCGGGCUGUGCGGCACCUUCAACGGCAACAUCCAAGAUGACUUCCUGUAACUCUUGUCUUCCAUCAGGUCUCCAUCCGGUAUGAUAGAAAGCACUCCUCAGCUGUUUGGAAACGCCUGGAAAGUCUCGUCAGCGUGCUCUCCCAGCCUGAGCACCCCUCAGCUCGACCCAUGUGACACCCACCAGCAGGCCGUGGCCUAUGCCUCAGAGAUGUGUGACGUACUGAACCAGGAUCUGUUCUCCGCCUGUCAUGAGUACCUCAGUCCGACGCCCUUCCAUCAACAGUGUCGCUCAGAUACCUGUAAGUGCGGGACACCCUGCCUCUGCUCUGCUCUGGCCCACUACGCUCGUCACUGCCGCAGAUUCUCCAUCAUCGUUGACUUUCGAUCGCAUGUUCCUGACUGCGCGGUCACCUGUCCCGCCACCAUGCAGUACGGCACCUGCGUGUCUUCCUGCCAGCGCCGUUGCUCCGCCCUCUCCGUCCCGCAGCACUGUGGGGAGGAGUGUGAGGAGGGCUGCGUCUGCCCUCAGGGAUCCUUCUACAACCACCGAACACACACCUGUGUGCACAGGAGCGAGUGUCCCUGCAGUUUCCUCGGGGCCGAUUACGAACCGGGAGAUGUGAUCAUGACAUCAGCAGGUGUUCAACUCUGUCUAAAUGGUAAACUGGUGUCCCAAACAUCAGACAGUGACAAGUUGUGUCCAGCAGGUCAGCUCUACCAGAACUGCUCCGAGGGAGAGGACGGCCUCCUGCCAGGAAGGGGCGUUGCCUGUGAGCACACCUGUGAAUCUUACCUGCUCAACCUCACCUGCUCGACACAUGAGCCCUGCGUGGCCGGAUGUACCUGCCCUCCCGGCUUGCUGAAACAUGGAGAUGAGUGCUUUGAACCUGCAGCUUGCCCCUGUCUGUGGAAAGGAAAGGAGUACUACCCUGGCGACAGAGUCUUCUCCCCCUGCCACCAGUGUGUUUGCCAACACGGGACGUUCCAGUGUGUGUUUCAUCCCUGUCCAUCCAUGUGCACGGCUUACGGUGAUCGCCACUACAGGACGUUUGAUGGCCUCCUCUUUGACUACGUUGGUGCAUGCAAAGUCUAUCUUAUAAAGUGCAGCGCUGAUGUGAUGCUCAGUGUAACAGCUGAGAACGUCGACUGUUUCGACAGCGGAGUCAUCUGCAGGAAAUCACUGCUGAUCAACAUAGGGAGAUCCUUCAUAGCAUUCGAUGAUGACACCGGGAAGCCAAACCCUUCCAGUGUAAUUGACAGGAAGCAGAAGAUGUUCAUCUGGCCUGCUGGAUACUUCACAGUGAUUCAUUUCCCCGAGGAAGACGUCACUGUCCUCUGGGACCGUAAGACCACCAUUCACAUCCAGGUUGGACCGCGCUGGCAGGGGAAGCUAAGCGGACUGUGUGGGAACUUUGACCUGAAGACGGUGAAUGAGAUGCGGACACCCGACAACAUCGACUCCCCAACUCCACAGGAGUUUGGAAACAGCUGGACUGCAACAGAGUGUGUGAACAGUCCAGAUAUCAGACACCCCUGCAGUCUCAGUCCUCUCAGAGAGCCUUUUGCAAAGAGGCAGUGUGCUGUGCUGCUCAGUGAAGUCUUCCAGGCCUGCCACCCAGUGGUGGAUGUUACCUGGUUCUACAUGAACUGCUUGGCAGACACGUGUGCCUGCAGCCGAGGAGGCGACUGUGAGUGUUUCUGCACCAGCGUGGGAGCGUACGCCCAGCGCUGCUGCCACCAGGGCGUUCCUGUCGACUGGCGCACCCCGUCUCUGUGUCCCUAUGACUGUGAAUUCUACAACAAAGUUCUUGGUAAAGGCCCCUUCAGGCUGAUCACCUUCAGGGAUCGGACGUCGCUGUUGGCAGCAACCAGGUCCAGUGGCUCCGUUUUCGUGCAGAAGGGAAACCUCAGCACCGCAGCUGGCUUCCUCUCGCAGUUCAUGAUGACGCCGGGCCUCAGCAGAGCCCGACCUCACGACACAUCACUGGUUUCCUUUGAGGCCGCAGACAGACCCAACUACUUCCUGUAUGCAAGCCCCAGUGGUCAGGUCAGGCUGGCCAAGUGGGAGGAGAGUGAGGCAUUCUGGGACGGGGCAACCUUCGUGCUCCACAAGGACACCUGGAUUCCCGGCUUCGACUCACUGGAGUCUUACACCAAGCCCGGCUUCUUCAUGCAUGCCACCCUGCCUCGCCUCCACCUGCUCAAAUACAGACACAGCGACGGCUUCCGCAAAGCCACUCUGUUCAGACUGACAGGCCCCAGCCCAGACACGCCGCCGGGUCCUCGCUGUCAGUGGAGAUACGACUCCUGCAUCACCCCCUGCUUCAAGACCUGCAGCGACCCGUCAGCUGAGGCCUGCGUCGCUAUCCCACAAGUUGAGGGCUGCCUUCCUGUCUGCCCGCCACACAUGGUCCUGGAUGAGGUCACCCGUCGGUGUGUCUAUGUUGAAGACUGCAUUAAGGUUCCAGUUGUCACAAAGCCUGUAACACCGUCCAGUCCUCAGCUUACAUCUGCAGCUGUCACCUCUGCAAUCAUCACAAGCCCUGCUGCCUCCACCACGCCUCCCAGCACCACCAUCACCACCAUCACAUCAUCUACCCCUCCACACACGGCUCCCACCACUCAAAUCACCACCAUUGUUCCUGCUGUGAGCACACAGACAACCUCAUCUGAGGCACCACCCGCCCCAGAUGAGACAACCCAACCAGCCACCACUUCUUCUUCUGCAGCUCCUGAACUCUCCACAACAGCAGCACCCCCACUUCCUCCAACAGCACCCCCUGCUGUCAGACCAGAGGUAGUGGAGCCGCUGUCUACAGUAAAAGUGACUGAAGGCCAUCCCACAGAUGUAACAAGCGCAACAGAUUGGACAGUCAGCCCGUUCAGCCCCAGCACGUCCAAGACGAGCAGUGCUCCCUUUGCCGUCACGGCUCUAUUCUGGCUCAUCUCGUCCACCAGGCCCACUGAACCCCCAAAGCCACUCUUCACCACCACAGGAACCACCCUGCAGCCAUCUACCACCACAGCACCAACCACAAGCUCCACUGAGGGGUCAACCACCAUCAUCACCUCUCCCCAUGCGGUUGUGCACCCAACUGAUGAGACAACAAAGGCCACAACACCUUCAGCCGUAGUUACUCCGAUUGUAACUGUUUCUAGUCCAGGCCCAUCUGAGGUCUCAGAGACUUCAACAGUUACAGAAAGGACUACUGUUCCCAGGACAACCACAACCACGGUGUACACAGACACCAGCACAAAGCCUGUAACAGUGGAGAGAGUUCCUCCAACAACAACUACGCCCAUCCCACCUGGUUUACCAAGCACAUCCUCCACAACCACUUCCCCUCCCCUGACCUCACCUCUUGUUGAAACAGGACCUGUAACUCUGUCAACAGUCUCUUCAGCAAAGACCACAGAAUCAGUCACACCAGUCGCACCUUUCACUACCAGUAAAACAACAUCUUACAUGAGUCCAGAGACAACAAUACCACCUGUUGCUGUGGUAACCACAGAGAGGAUUGUUCACACCAGCCCUACUGAACUGACAACCUCCAAAACGGCUCCUGAGUUACCAACAUCAACCCCAGUCCAUGUUGCACUGACUACAACUGCACCGCCUGCUACCUCAGCUACUACAGACUGGCAAACAUCGACAAAGAAAGUAACCGUACCUGAAUCCACUGCGUCCGAAAUACCUACAGUUACCACAACAACAGCUGCACCUCCACCUCUGAAGAUUACAGACACUACAACACUUCCUACUGUUUCCACCUCCACAACCUCUACUGAGAGGACCUCCUGGUCUACUGCCAUCCCAACAACAGCCAGAACCACUGAGACCACAACCUCAAGACCUCCAGAGAUUUCAGAAACCUCCCCAGGACCUUCUACUACAACAAAACCAGCUGUACCACCAGUGUCCCGUACAGAAACUACUACUGUACCACUGUCACCAACAGUAGAGAGCUCCACCCAUCCUGUAUCUACCACACAGACCUCCGAGCCAUGGCGACCACCCCACUGGGAGACCUCCUCCACCCCAGUCUAUAGCCCCACAGCAAAGACUACACCAGAGGUCACCUCUGAAACUGUUGUCCCUGUGGUCAGUUCUACUAAACCUACUGAAGCGCCUCAACCUCCAACAACAACAAAGCCAGUCAUCACCUUGGCCACAUCAGCUGCUGCCACAACCACCGCUGCCACAACUACAGCACCUCAUGAAAUCUCUUCUACCACCACAGCCACCACAACCAUAAAAGUGGUUACACCCCAGCCUCCACUGGUGCCUGGUGCUCCUGAGACACCAUUCACCACAAUCCCUACAAGCCCUCCACCCAGUGAUGUCACCACCACACAUAGACCUGUCACCGUACAGCCAAUCACAGAGACGAUACACCCAGUAACAGGCAGAGUGGAAGUGUCAGCAACAACAGCUACAACCACACCACCUCCAUCUUGGUCUCCGCUACACACAACUACUUCUGCUGCAACUCCAAGGCAGACGACUUUUGGAGAAAAAGUCACCACACGGCUGGUGUCGACUGCAAGAGCUACAUCCACACCAACGACUACAACCACCACAAGGACGACCACGCUCAGGAUGACACCCAGAGUUCCUGUCACAACAAGAGUCACUCCCAGACUCACGUCGACUGGGAGGUCAACCAUCCGGCCUGUCACGGCAAGGGUAACCAUAGGAACUAGACCCACAACAGUAACUGUUAGAUCAACCACUCUCGGAUCACCAACUGUCACGCCAAGCCCCAACACAACAACUGUGUCAGAAGUCCCAUCUACAACCGUUGCAACAUCUGUUGAGCCGGUCACUACAGUGAGCACGACAGAGCGUGCCGAGACAACCACUACAGCUCCCGGCACAGCAACCACAACCGCCUCAGAUCGAGUGCCUGUUCCCACUCUGACAACAGUCACGGUAUCUACAGCUGUGCCCACAAUGUCCACUAGUGAGUCUACAACUUCUGAGAAAGCCAUGACGACCAAUGAGACUGAGGCAUCACCAUCACCAUCCACAUCCCAACCAGUGACUACUCUGCCUGAUGUGCUGACCUCCUCCCAGCAGCCUGAUAUCCUUACUCCCACUACAACUUCACUCCCAGCAGCCACAUCAGUCCAAACUACCACUCUGGACACAAGGGAUCAUACCAGUCCAGCAGCAACGACGCCUCCUGUACCAAUGUCUCCUUACACACCAUUGGAAACGACCAAAUACACAACAGAGGGCACAACACCCAUGGCUGUAUCACCAACAAGGAUGUGCACUCCUCCCUAUGCAGAGAUUGUUGAUGAGUGCACCAAGUACAUCUGCGUCAACCACCAGCUCGUCCUGUUCAACAAAUCCCAAAGCUGCCCCUUCAACCUCGAACCGCCUAAUUGUGGCCUGCUCGGCUUUGCCAUACUCGUCAAUGGAGACAAGUGCUGCCCUCAGUGGGACUGUCCAUGUCGCUGCUCAGUGUUUCCAGACCUGAAUGUGAUCACAUUUGAUGGGAACAGUGUUGCCAUCUACAAAGCUGCCUCUUACAUAGUGACCCAGUUGCCCAAUGAGACCGUCAGUGUCCUGGUCCAGGAGUGUCCUGCCGACUCUGAGUCACUACUCCUCUGGAAUUUCACCAACCUGUGUCUGGUGGCGCUCAACAUCACCCACAAAUCCAAUCACAUCAUCAUCAACAGGCUGCAGAGGAGGCUCUAUGUCAACUCACGCUACGCCAAGCCUCGAUUCAAAAAGUUUGGCUUUGAGAUCUACGACACUGGCAACAUGUACCUGAUCCGCACCCCGGCAGGUCUCAAGUUGCAGUGGUACCACAGCACGGGAAUGAUGGUGAUCGACACUGAGAACUCCGGCAACAAACUUCCCACCAAGGGCCUCUGUGGUUUCUGUGACGGAGACCCAACCAAUGACCUCACUUUGGCCAAUGGCACCACAGUGGGCCGGAGUGAGGAUCCAGCUGUGUUCAUUGACAGCUGGCAGGUUCCCAACACCACCAGCUACGUCAGUCACAGCCGCCGCCGCGAGCUCAACUGCUCCACCAGCGACUGCUCUAGCUGCCUGGCCAUGCUGCAGAACCCCACCUUCUCCUCCUGCCAUGCCUUCGUCCCGCCGAGCACAUUCUGUGAGGUUUGGGUCCGAGACUCGGAGUACGUAAACAACCAGUGUGUGGCACUCGCUGCUUACGUGGCUUCAUGCCACAAAUUCAACAUCUGCAUUGAGUGGAGGAGUCCAGAUUACUGCCCCUUCGUGUGUCCCGACACUCUACGAUAUCAAGCUUGUCUACCUGCCUGCACAUCUCAGUCCUGUCCCAACCACGACUUCGACUCAGACCCAGAUCAGUGCUCGGGCCUGACCGAGGGCUGCGUGUGCCCUGAAGGAACGCUCCUCCACCGGCCGUACUCCGCCCUCUGCAUCCCCCCCGAUAAGUGUGCCUGCACUGACAGCUCUGGCAUCCCUCGUGCAAACGGCGAGAUGUGGAAGGCUUCGAAAGAUGCCUGCUGCAUGUACCGCUGUGACAACGACACCAUCGCUCCUGUGGAGUACAACUGUUCCAACACGGUGGACCCUGUGUGCCGUCGAGCAGGGGAAGUGAUUAUCAGCCUGGCCGACGACACCAGCUGCUGCCCGCACAAAGUCUGCGUGUGUAACCAGACCCUGUGUGACCUUCUCCCUCCUGAGUGUAAAUAUGGGGAGAAGCUGGUGUCAUACUACAGACAGGACUCCUGCUGUCCAGACUACGUGUGUGAGUGUGAUCCUGAUCUCUGUGAAUCGGACGUUCCUACCUGCAGAGAGGACCAGACUCUAAUUGCCACCAGAGCUGAUGGCAGCUGCUGUUUGGCCCACAUGUGCAUGUGUUCUUCCUGUAUGGAGACGCCUCCUCUCUGCCAGGACGGUGAGGUGCUGACGGUGGACAGUAACACAACCGACCGCUGCUGCCCCACAUACCAGUGUGUGUGUGAGCCCUACAGGUGUUCUCAGCUCAGUUGUCCUGUUGGGAUGUCGGUGAUGUCCGUAUCCAGACCGGGUCGCUGCUGUCCCAACCAAACAUGCGAGUGUUCCUGUGACAAAAUUGCCUCCCCUAAAUGUGACUUGGGAGAGGCUGCCCAACUGGACCGAGCCUUCCUGUCCGACCCACAGAACCAGUGUGCCUGCAAAAGAUACAAGUGUGUGCGGGAGGCGGUGUGUGUGUACGGUGAGCGGGGAGUGUUACGUCCAGGUCAGACUCUGGUGGAGCACGGUGACGACGGCUUGUGUCACAGCAGGCAGUGCAGCCGCAGCCUCGACCCAUCCAGCGGCUUCCACCUGCUUCGCACCAGCAGCACCAACUGCUCCGCCCAAUGCCAACCAAAUCAGAUCUACAUCCCUCCCAAAGACCAGUCGACAUGUUGUGGCGUUUGUAAGAACAUUUCCUGCCUGUACGAACAUGAGAACGGGACGACGGCUCUCUAUAAGCCGGGGAAAUCCUGGGUGUCAAACUGCCUGAAGUUCGACUGCACAGACACUCUGUCUGGACCGACACUCAUCUCUUACUCCUUCAGCUGCCCGCCUUUCAACGAAACAGAGUGUAUGAAGAUCGGUGGAACUGUCGUAAGUUACAUGGACGGAUGCUGCAAGACGUGUAAAGAAGACGGGAGGUCGUGUCAGAAGGUGACGGUGAGGAUGACCAUCAGGAAGAAUGACUGCCGCAGCAACCGGCCGGUGAACAUCGUGUCAUGUGACGGGAAGUGUCCGUCCGCCAGCAUCUACAACUACAACAUCAACACCUACGCUCGCUUCUGCAAGUGCUGCAGGGAGACGGGGCUGCAGCGGCGCUCCGUGCAGCUCUACUGCAGCGGCAACGCCACCUGGGUCAGCUACACCAUCCAGGAACCCACCGACUGCUCCUGCCAGUGGUCCUAG